AUGAUUCGAUCUCCACGAAAAAAAAAUCCACCGAAAAAAUUUACACCUACAAAACCAAAUUUAUAUAGUCAAGAAAAUUAUCUACUACGUUUUGAGGAUAAUGAUGAAUUAAUUGUGAUUAAACGUUCAAGUAUUGGAUCGAUCAUUGAAGACAAAGCAAUUGUUGGAACUGGUUCAAAACGUCGCUUUGCAAUAAUCGAAGCUAAAGAUGAUGUUUCAAUAAAUGAAAAUAAUAAAGAAAAUGAAAUCGUAGAAGCUAGUGUAGUUUAUCAAACAAUUGAUGAUAUGCAUCACAUGAUUUUACAAAAACUUGAAAAAAAGUUCCAUAGUUUCACGAAAAAAUUAGAUCAAUUAAUUCCACAUGCAGUUUAUCAAAAUUUAGAUUCAUAUCGAGAGAAAGAUGAGGUCUUUCCCUCACAAGUUAUAUAUGAAGGUAAAGAUCUUUUAAUAACUCGUGGUCGAGAUAUUUAUGAUUUUGCAAGAAAAACAUCGAACAUUUUAUAUACACCAAAAGAAUUAAGUACUUGUAUUUUGCCACCAGCUAGGCGUCAUUUAGCACGACCGGCUUUAGAUCCGGAACGUUUCAAUUUAUUUCAUGGUACAUAG